CGGGGCGCUAUGGCGGCGGCGGCGGUGGCGUUGGCCGCGGCGACCGCGGCGUCGCGCCGCUCUUGGAGACAUCUCUUCCGGUGGCGAGUUCCGAGCUCUCGUGCUCCGUGCGGGCUGGUCUGUAGCACCCGGGGCCUGUCAGGUGGCAAUGAAUAUGAUCUGCUGGUGAUUGGUGGUGGCUCUGGCGGCCUGGCCUGCGCCAAAGAAGCUGCCGAUUUUGGAAAGAAGGUGGCGAUUCUGGACUACGUGGUUCCUUCUCCCAGAGGCACCAGCUGGGGGCUGGGGGGCACGUGCGUGAACGUGGGUUGUAUCCCCAAGAAGCUCAUGCAUCACUCGGCUCUCCUGGGCAGCGCCAUCAGAGACGCCCAUCAUUACGGCUGGGAUGUGGCCCCCUUGGCACAGCAUGACUGGGGUCAGAUGGCUGAAGCUAUUCAGAACCACGUCAAGUCCUUGAACUGGGGCUACCGAGUGCAGCUGCAAGAACGGAAGGUCAGGUACUUUAACAUGCUGGGCAGUUUUGUGAAUGAGCACACGGUGCGGGGAGUGACCAAGGCAGGAAAAGAGACUGUCGUUACCGCAGAUCACAUCGUCAUCGCCACAGGAGGGAGGCCCAGGUACCCCGAUGAUGUGGAAGGGGCACAGUACGGCAUCACCAGUGAUGACCUGUUCUGGCUGAAGAAGUCUCCGGGGAAAACGCUGGUGGUUGGAGCCAGCUACGUGUCCUUGGAGUGCGCGGGAUUCCUCACCGGCCUUGGCCUGGAUGCCACCGUCAUGAUGAGAAGCAUCCCACUGCGAGGCUUUGACCAGCAAAUGGCUCUGUUGGUGACCGACUACAUGGAGGCCCAUGGCACAAAGUUUCUGAAGCACUGCACGAUGAAAAAAUUGGAAAAGCUUGAGGAUAACCGCCUCCGAGCCACCUGGACCAACCACGAGGAGGGCAGAGAAGAGGCGAGCAUUUUCGACACAGUCAUGUGGGCCGUAGGUCGCGUACCAGAAACCAGAAGUUUGAAUUUGGAGAAGGUCGGAGUGAAGCUUCACCCGGGCUCCCAGAAGAUCAUGGUCAAUGCCAGCGAAGCCACUUCGGUAGCCCACAUUUAUGCCAUCGGGGACAUAACAGAGGGACGUCCUGAGCUGACACCCACCGCCAUCCUGGCAGGGAAGCUGCUGGCCCGCCGCUUGUUCUCCCAGUCCACAGAACUCAUGGACUACGACAAUGUGCCCACGACAGUCUUCACCCCCCUAGAAUAUGGUUCUGUGGGGUUGUCAGAGGAAGAGGCCGAGAAGCGCUAUGGCCAAGAAAACCUCGAGGUGUAUCAUGCGUAUUAUAAGCCUUUGGAAUUCACGGUGGCUGAAAGGGACUCCUCGCAGUGCUACAUCAAAAUGGUGUGCUUGCGCGAGAGAGAUCAGCAGAUUCUUGGUCUUCAUUUCAUCGGCCCCAACGCGGGGGAAGUUAUUCAAGGAUUUGCUCUUGGGGUAAAGGUCUCUGCAGAACCAAGAACUCUGGGAAGAAUGGCAGAGGCACAAAUAUAGACUUGAUAUGAUGAAGGGGAGCAGUAACAGAGGAGAGGGGCUCACCACAACAGGUGCGAGGGGGAUGGGAAAGAGCUGAGGGCCACCCCAGCCCCCAGGGGCCUCCCAGGAUGGGCAGGUGUGGAUGGGCCAGCUGGAUCGGUGACAGGUAAGUGCAGACUCCUUGGGGUAUUUGAGUGAGGGCAAGCCUCCAGACCCUGAGAGCCCUCCCGGUGUGGACAGGACCACCUUGGGAGCCGGCAGCUUCCCUCUCCCCAGGGGUCUUUGUAUUCUGGGCAGGAUGCCCGCUCAGUGACCACAAGACCCCUUUCCAUGGAAGUGAAAACUCCUCUGGGUUUUCACCUGAAGCUCUUCAGGUUGGAAGGGCUGAGGUAGGUCAGGCUUUCUGGAAAACACCUUAGAGUCAUGUGAGGAAAGGAACCAAAGCCCCCUGUGCCCUUUGACCCCGAGGAAGUCAGCCCCAGACAUCCCGAAACAUCCAUUCACAGCAGCAUUUUCUGUAGUCCUGGAACCUGGAAGGAAAGGGGCGCCUUUCGACUGAGGAGCCCAGGCAGAGUGUGGCCCCAUGAGGAACGGAAUGUUCUCGGGCAUUAAGCAGGGAGGGGCAGGAAGGUUCCCUGUGUGAACAGAUGGGGAGCACGGAGACAGCGCUCCACAUCCUCCCCUCCUCCCAGCGCAGAGGUGGGGGACUCCCGGGGCAGAGUGUGGCACUCACCCUCAGGCUGGACUACACUUUGUUGUUGGUUGUGCUGGGCUUGGAGGAAGGGGCCCUCCCCAGAGAUGACCCCAUGCUGGGGAGACCUGAGGGAGGGCGGAAGGCAGAGUACGGAUAGCCUCCUCCUGGGAGGUAACAGUGGAUGGAAGAACCAGACGGGAGGGGGCCGAGGGGUGUCAGGGAGGACCCAGGAGGCAGGAAGAAGGAGAAAUAGGCACAGUGGUGGAGGCAGCCAGGCUGGGCGAGGGCACACGGGGAGCCCGGAGAGGAGGGGUUUGCCAAAGAGGAGGACUUGGGAGCGAGGGAUCUCUAAGACGUCUGCUCCAGACCACCCCCAGCCCCUCCCCAGAAAGGCUCGGCGCCUGCUCCGUGCUGGUCAGUCCCUGCAGGGCACCAAGAAGGAGGGGUGAUCCCUGCCCCGCCCUGCCAUGGAUGGGGCUGCUGGGGAUCCCCCAGGCCCCAGCCCCUCUAGACGACCUGCCCCCCACAUCUGGCUCUGCCU